CGUAUACCCUAAAGAGCUCAGUAGGAUCACAUUAUACUACUCCAGGUCCAGGCUCAUCAUCCCCAAAACCAAAACCAAAACCACGGGAAAUGAAAUAAUAAGAAGAGGAAAUAAAAAGAGAGAGAUAUUUUGUGUGAUACCGAUGAUGCAGUAGUAUUAGGUCUGAUUGAUGUCUCACCAAAAGCGCCCUUACUCUAACAACAGUGAUUCAAUCUCAGCAGCCAUGAAAAAAGCUAAAUCUCAAGCUAUAAAUUAUUCGUCAACAGCAGAAAAGAAUGGAAUACGUUUCAAUGAUGAUGAUAACGAUGAUGAAGGUUCUAAUCCAAUGAUUCUCGAAGAUAAUAUUAUUAAGAAUCAUGAUAUUCUUGGCGGUGCUGGUAGUAGUAGUGGUGGUGGUGGUGGAUGUAGUCGUGCUAUAGCUGCAAAUUUGUCUAGAAAGAAAGCAACUCCUCCUCAACCUGCUAAGAAACUUGUUAUUAAGCUUGUUAAAGAAAAACCAAAGCUGCCAACAAAUUUUGAAGAAAAUACAUGGGGAACACUGAAGUCGGCUAUUAGUGCUAUAUUCCUAAAGCAACCAGACCCCUGUGACUCAGAAAAGCUUUAUCAGGCUGUUUGCAAUCUGUGUGAGCACAAGAUGGGCGGAAAUCUCUAUAAAAAAAUCGAGAAGGAAUGUGAAGCACACAUUUCCACGGCACUGCAAAAUUUGGUUGACCAGAGUCCUGAUUUGGUGGUAUUCCUGUCUCUUGUGGAGAAAUGUUGGCAAGAUCUUUGCGACCAAAUGUUAAUGAUUCGUGGCAUAGCCUUGUAUCUGGACAGAACAUAUGUCAAACAAACACCAAAUGUGCGUUCAUUGUGGGACAUGGGGCUGCAGCUAUUUUGCAAACAUUUAUCUUUGUUACCAGAAGUUGGGCAUAAAACAGUCACGGGUCUUUUAAGAUUGAUCGAAAGGGAAAGAUUAGGUGAAGCUAUUGACAGAACUCUUGUUAAUCAUCUCUUGAAGAUGUUUAAUGCACUAGGAAUCUACUCAGAGAGCUUUGAGAAACCAUUUCUUGUGGGGACAUCUGAAUUUUAUGCUUCAGAAGGUGCAAAAUACAUGCAGCAGUCGGACGUUCCAGAUUAUCUUAAGCAUGUGGAGUUAAGGUUGCAUGAAGAGCAUGAAAGAUGCUUACUAUACCUGGAUGCUGGUACAAGGAAGCCACUAAUAGCAACUACAGAAAGACAACUUCUCGAGCAUCAUAUAUCUGCAAUUCUCGAUAAGGGUUUCACAAUGCUUAUGGAUCGGAAUCGCGUUGAGGAUCUUCGAAGGAUGUAUGCGCUAUUUUCACGGGUUAAUGCAUUUGAAUCCCUAAGACAGGCCUUGAGUUCACACAUCCGUGUUUCUGGGCAAAACUUUGUCAUGGAUGAGGAGAAAGACAAAGAUUUGGUCUCCUCUCUUCUAAGUUUUAAAGCGUCUCUCGAUAUGAUAUGGGAAGAAAGUUUCUCUAAGAACGAAGCAUUUUCUAACACAAUUAAAGAUGCGUUUGAACAUCUCAUUAAUCUUCGUCAGAACCGUCCCGCUGAGUUGAUUGCAAAGUUUCUGGAUGAGAAGCUUCGUGCUGGUAAUAAGGGUGCUUCUGAAGAGGAGUUAGAAGGAAUACUUGAUAAAAUUCUGGUUCUAUUCAGAUUUAUACAAGGCAAGGAUGUGUUUGAAGCAUUCUACAAAAAGGAUCUUGCUAAGAGGCUAUUGUUAGGAAAGAGUGCCUCCAUCGAUGCCGAGAAGUCCAUGAUUUCAAAGCUGAAGACCGAAUGUGGGAGUCAGUUCACGAAUAAACUUGAAGGAAUGUUUAAGGAUAUUGAAUUAUCAAAGGAGAUAAAUGAGUCCUUCAAACAAUCGUCCCAAGCUAGGACAAAACUACCAUCGGGUAUUGAGUUGAGCGUCCACGUAUUAACAACUGGGUACUGGCCAACAUAUCCACCAAUGGAUGUCCGACUUCCUCACGAACUGAAUGUCUAUCAGGAUAUUUUCAAAGAGUUCUAUCUGAGCAAGUAUAGCGGAAGGCGCUUGAUGUGGCAGAACUCACUAGGUCAUUGUGUACUCAAGGCAAAUUUUCCGAAGGGUAAAAAGGAGCUGUCAGUUUCUCUGUUUCAGACUGUUGUUUUGAUGCUGUUUAACGAUGCCCAAAAACUUAGUUUCCAAGAUAUUAAGGAUUCAACGGGUAUCGAGGAUAAGGAGCUGAGAAGAACUCUGCAGUCACUUGCUUGUGGAAAAGUUCGCGUACUCCAGAAGUUUCCUAAAGGGAGGGAUGUGGAAGAUGGUGAUUCUUUUGUUUUCCAUGAAGAGUUUUCCGCACCUCUAUACCGCAUCAAGGUAAAUGCAAUUCAGAUGAAGGAGACAGUAGAAGAGAACACAAGCACUACUGAAAGAGUAUUUCAGGAUCGUCAAUAUCAGGUCGAUGCAGCUAUUGUUCGUAUAAUGAAGACAAGGAAAGUGCUAAGCCACACACUCCUGAUAACUGAGCUCUUCCAGCAGCUGAAAUUCCCAAUAAAGCCAGUUGAUUUGAAAAAAAGGAUUGAAAGUCUCAUUGACAGGGAGUACCUAGAGAGAGACAAGAAUAAUCCCCAGAUAUACAACUACCUUGCAUGAUUGUGGCUUUAAGACUCUUUUCUUUUCCUUUUUUUCUUUUUCUUUUUCUUUUUCUUUUUUCCAUUUUUUUUCCUCUUGUUAUCUGUUUCCCUGUAAAUGACGUAGGAGGGAAGUCUACCACCAUCUUUCAAUAUUUACCAGAUAUCAUCAUUGUACAGGAAUGUGUGCCUAGAAUUUGGGUUGACGACGUUUGCAUCUGUAAGCUGUAACGUAUGUUUUCUCCUUGCAAUUCCCAUAAGUUUUCCAUGUUAGUAUGAUGGUUUUCGAGGUCGAAAAGAAUUUGAAGAAAAUUUACAA